CCCGCCGCCUUUCCAGCCCCGACGUGCACCACAAGCAUGAACUGUCAAAUUACGGCAAGAUUCAUACUGCUCUCCCUGCCGCCCUAGCACGGAAUAGCUAUCAAGGGAGACUAGCGGAGCACGGCCGAUGUGGGUGUGUGGGAACAGUUCCCUGCCGGUGACAGGCCCGCAUGGAGGAAUUUGACAGUGCUGUGAAUAUAUUACGUAAUGUCGUAAAAUAUUGCGGCCUAUCUUUAAACCCCUUGCUCCAGAGUGGCCCUGAUCACCUCCAUAACCAGGCACUCCCUAGCUGCCGGCCUAUCAUCAUCUACCUCAGACCCCAGACUCCUAGUGCCAUCAGGAAUGUGGACACAUUAUCUUCACCACAGCAAUCCAUGGAGAAGUACAAGCCCACUGAUGCCACCACCAACCCAUCCCUCAUCCUGCAGGCAGCCAACAUGCCCCAGUAUGCUAACCUCAUCACUGAUGCCGUGGAGUAUGGCAAGAGGAAGGGACAAAACAAGAAAGAAAAGGUGUCUCGUGCCAUGGACAGGCUGUUUGUCCUCUUUGGCUGUGAAAUUUUGAAGAUUGUUCCCGGCCGAGUGAGCAUUGAGGUUGAUGCUCGCCUCAGCUUCGACAAGGAAGCCAGCGUCAACAAGGCUCGCAAGUUUAUUUCAAUGUUUGCUGCUGAGGGCUAUGACAAGGAGCGUAUCCUCAUCAAGCUGGCCUCCACUUGGGAAGGAAUUCAGGCAGCAAAGGAGUUGGAGGAGGAUCACUGCAUUCACUGCAACCUGACACUGCUGUUUGGCUUCGCCCAGGCUGUGGCAUGUGCUGAGGCCGGAGUCACCCUCAUCUCGCCUUUUGUUGGCCGCAUCUUGGACUGGUAUGUGGCAAACACUGACCAGAAAUCCUAUGAGCCUGAAGAUGAUCCAGGUGUGAAAAGCGUUACUAAGAUCUACAACUACUACAAGAAGUUUGGUUACAAGACUGUUGUCAUGGGAGCCUCCUUUAGGAACUCUGGUGAGAUCCGUGCAUUAGGUGGCUGCGACCUCCUUACCAUUGGGCCGAAGUUCCUAGAGGAGCUUCAGAAUAGCACUGAGCCUGUGGUCCAGCAUCUAUCAGAAGCCAGUGCCAAAAAGCAUGACCUGGAGAAAGUGGAGAUGACAGAAGCAAAGUUCCGCUGGGAGCUGAACGAAGAUCAAAUGGCCACCGACAAGCUGUCUGAAGGAAUCCGCAAGUUUGCAGUUGAUGCAGUGAAGCUUGAAAAAAUGCUUCUGGAAAAGCUAGAGUAAAGACCAUACAUGUCUGUGUUCCUUGGGAUAAAUGCAUCAACUGGUGGCUGUACUCCUCUUAAGAGAAGGAUUUGCACCUAUUAAUGCAAAGCAUCGAAAACAGAAGAAUGCAUGAACAAGUUUUGUGCAUGCAGAGGAAGCAUGUGGUUGCUUCCUGUAUCAUGUUGGUAGUGCAAUUGGGUGACAUUCCACUAGAGGUUGCUUAUAAGUGGUUAUUCCAGUUUUCAUUGUUGUUGCUGAAAUAGGGUGGUGAUGCCUGUAAUGAGCACAAGUAAUUUGCCUUAGCUGUGCUAAUGGGAAAGUGGAGUUCUAUAGAGCAAGAAAUAUAUAUAUUGUUAAAAUUUCAGAGUUUUAUAAAUAAUUUUGUAGAUUCUUGAAAUUAUUUUGAUGAUUUUACAAAUUUUUAAUAAAUUUGUUAUAUCAACUAGCAUAAAAUAUUUUUGUUUAAGUGCAUUUUCAGAAGUUAACUUCCAAUAAGUAAUGAUUGAUGAAUUAAUAUUCAACAAACGGUCACCUGUAGUGGCUACAAUUAAAUAUUGUAUGAAUGAA